AUGCCCAGCCCUCGCCCUCGCGGCACUUCGGGAGAAGCUGGGCCAAGGCGGGGCGAGCGUGCGCCACCGCUUCCGCGAGGCGAUCGUGCGUUGCCGCAGGAGACAGCCGGUCUCAUCUCCAACAGCUCCAGGUCCAGGAAGGAGCAGAAGUGUGCCACGCUGGCCGAGUGGAUAGAUGCUGGCGGCAAUUCACACAAAGGUCUCACUUCCCAGACUUCGCAGAUCAGCCUGCUGAUGCUACGCAGCGCUUCACUGCCCAAUGGUUACGGCUUCGAGUUUGAUCGGGUACUUGGCAGAGUGGUGUUGCGACACGUGGCUGGAGUCGUCAUUCACGGGCAGGCGCUGUUGGUGGAUUGUGACGAUGUUGAGUUCGAUGCAGAGCUGUCCUAUCACUACUGCACCUGGAGCGAGUUUUGCCAUCUCGCUAGCGACGGCGAGCCUCUCCCAUCCCGUAUUUGGAGGCAUUGGCGGACCACUCGGCGAGAGCCCGCGUUCUUUACAAAGGGCCCCGAGGAGGUCGCAAAGGUCCUCUGCGGUGUGGCACCCCAUGGAGAGUGGGCGCAGGAGCUGUCCUGCUGUAUUCCGCUUCACCAAGCGCCUCCCCUGGGCAGCAGCUCAGUCCCUUCGGAGUCCUCUGAUGUUGAGCUUCAUUUCGAAGGACUGGGAACCGAACUUCGGCCACAGGACAUCGCGGCACAAGCCCAAGGCCCAAGAACGGCAGAGCAGGCCGAGGCCGAGGAGAUGGAGCAGACGGAACUGCUGGCCGUGGAUUCGCAAGACUGGGCCGAGAUCCGUCAGCGGCUCUUGGAACAGACGCAGCGGCGUGCAAGGAGAGCUGGACCUGAAGAGGACAAGUCUGUCCAGCCUUUGCCAGAUGCAGCGGAGGCAUUUCUGCUGUCGUCAAUGCUACAGCACAGGACGCUCACUCUCUCCUCCGACUGGCAGGAUGUAGGCUGGGAUCUCGCCCUCAAGCAGGGCCUGCGCAUUUGGAUGCACCUGAAGUCCAAAGGUGCAGCGCUUGACCGCAAUGUCAAGUUGGCUUUUCACGUCAGUGAUGGCAGCGACGACGCAGCCUCCGAGCCCGCGGCCUUGGCCAAGAUCGAUGAAAGGUGGCUGCUGUCUGCCGCCGGACAAGAGGCGGUGAGGACCGACAAGCUCGGUGCAGACGAUGAGUGGUUUUGGUUGAUGCUUCUGCGCGUCAACUCCGGCGGGAAGUGUAAGCUCCAGGUCGGAACGGGAACGUCGACGGACAGAGCAGAGCUUGGAGCAAUCAGCCUUUCCCUUCCGACAAAGCGCCCCCUGCGGGUAGCUAUACAGAGCUCUGCGCCAAACUGGAGUGUGGAGCUCGCCCACUCUGGGCUGCUCGAUCCCGACGUGCGAGGCAUGGAGGACAUGUCGUCAAUCAUCAGUGCCGUUGACCUGAAGGACGCUUCUGGCAUGUCGGUACUGAUGCACGCGACUCGCUCCGGAAAUCGUCCAGCAGUGACAGCACUUCUGGCUGCCAAGGCGUAUGUGCAUGCACGGGAUUCCAGCCUUUGUACAGCCCUGCACUACGCGGCUUACGAGGGCCAUGCUGAGGUUGCCCGAGCUUUGCUGGCGUCCGGAGGGAACCCUUUUGCGAGAAAUUGUCGGGGAGUCACACCUCGCGACGUGGCGCAUAUGAGGUGGGCGACUCGCAUCCCUGGGCAGGGUGAAGCCUUUGAGGUAGAGGCCGCGGCAAGCCAAGGUGAAAAUCAUGGACGGCAGAUCCUGAACAUCUUCAAGACGUGGCGGCGAGCGGAGAGCAAGAAGUGA